UGUCGGGAAGCAGACAACAGGUCCCAAACACCUCCCUCUGUCUAACGUGUGAGUAAUAGGCUCCACCACUGGCUCCUAUAAACAUGUUGUUGACGCCACAGUCAGUCAGAGAUACCUGGUUGGCUUUGCACCGUCCCCUCUGGCGCGCUCCAGGAGAACAGCAUGAUUGCAGAUAGGCGACGGCUGCUGCUGUUGCGAACUACACUGAGCAUCUGUGCCUUUAAAGACUUGUAAGUGCGCCUCUGUCAGAGUCCUCCGGCAACUUCCCACAACUCCGACGCGCUCCGAGACCAGAGUAGUGCGACUUUAACCAUAAAGGCACUGGCGCACCUUCCCAGCUAGACCCAUGGAAUAAUAACUAUGGAAUACCACUGGAUACUACUGUCUGUCUUUUUACUGUUAACCUUUCAUCCAGGCGACUGCAAGCCCACUAUCACACCCAUCAGCUCCAACCUUGUCAUCGGCACCCACCUCGCCGUCGGCCCCCACCUAGUUGUAGAGCUGAAUGGUCCCUUUGGCCUUCGUUGUCAGGGAGAAAAGGUGAUGUACUGGCGGCGGGAAGACCGGAUAAAGGUGCGGGGAGAAAAACAGACUGACGGGAUGUCCACCCUGCAUGUCCUCAAGGCUCAGCCCGUCCACAUGGGCCGCUACAUCUGCACAGAGGAGGUGUCUGGGGAGCACGCUUCCAUCUAUGUCUUUGUGAAAGAUCCUGAUAAUCCGUUCAGAAAAUCAAUGGUGUCCAAAAUUCUGACUCGUGAAGGAGACACUGCUUCUAUUCCCUGCCUGGCAACUGAUCCUAGUCUGGACAACCUACACCUAGAAACAUGUUCCAGCAAAGCUCUAGCCUCUGGUCUUCAGUUUACUGCCAGCCUGCAGCAAGGCAUCAUCAUCCACAACACGCAGAAGGCUUAUGAAGGCUGCUAUGUGUGCAAGGGAAGACUCAGGGAGGAGGAUGUUAAAUCACAUGACUACAUUCUCACAGUGAAACCAGUCCCUGUUGCUCCUCCUGCAAUUGAGAUGCAGGCACCAAAAAGAGUGAUUCUUAUCCGCCAUGAGAAUCUCUCCCUCACCUGCAACACAUCUAAUAUCAAUGGAGAAAUCCAGCUGAAAUGGGUCACCCCACCUGGCUCGGGUGCCGUCUGGUAUCCACAGCAACCAGCAAAGGUUGACAGUGCUUCACGUAUCCUGAUGGAGUCCUUCACCCACGUGCGCAGCGCCACGUUGAACAUUGUUGCAGUCAGACCGCAAGAUGCUGGGAGGUACCAGUGUGAAGCUGAGAACGAAAAAGGGGUCAGCUCGCAGUCACUGUGGCUUGAUGUUUAUGAAAAAGGAUUCAUUAACAUGACUCCCAAAGACAACAGAACCAUUCACGUCCGUUCAGGUGACAGUUUGACCCUGAAGGUUGACAUGGAGGCUUAUCCACAGCCACACACCUCCUGGAGCUUCAUGGGUCACGAGCUGAGAAACACGACCGACCACGUCAUCACCACACACACUCUGGAAUACAGAUUCAGCAGUGAGCUGAGGUUGGUGCGACUGAAAAUAUCAGAGGGCGGCGUUUACACCUUUCAAGCCGCCAAUGGUGACGCAUCAGUAAACCAGACAUUUACCAUCUUUGUGAUCAGUAAACCUGAGAUUGUUUCUCAUGAGGGUCCUGUGGACGGGCAGGUGCGCUGUGUGGCAGAGGGGUUUCCUGCCCCUCAGAUCACCUGGUAUUACUGCGAGCAGCCGUAUGUAAGGUGCUCCCAACAGGUGAAUGCCACCCAGGAGGAACACAAUGUCAUCACCGUCACACUGUUCAGUCCCCUGUUUGGCAAGACAGAGGUGGAGAGUCGGGUGAACAUCAGCAGAGGACGGUUUAGUACUCUGGAAUGUGUGGCGACAGUGGAGGGAGAGCAGGCCUACACGCUCUUUUCUAUCAGCGAGAGAACUGUUCCACAUGGUCUGUUCACCCCCCUCCUCAUUGGCACAGUGUCAGCAGCAGCCAUCCUCUGCCUGGUCCUUAUCAUGCUAUUCUACAAGUACAUGCAGAAACCAAAGUACCAGAUUCAGUGGAAAGUUAUCGAGGGGAUCCAUGGAAACAACUAUGUGUAUAUUGACCCCACCCAGCUACCAUACGAUCACCAGUGGGAGUUUCCUAGAAACAACUUGCGUUUUGGGAAGACACUGGGAUCUGGAGCAUUUGGAAAAGUGGUGGAAGCUACUGCAUAUGGACUCUCCAAAGCAGAUUCAGUCAUGACAGUUGCUGUGAAAAUGCUCAAAUCAAGUGCUCAUGCAACAGAGAAGGAGGCGCUGAUGUCAGAACUCAAAGUCCUCAGUUACUUGGGAAACCACAUGAAUAUUGUGAACCUGCUGGGAGCCUGCACGGUUGGAGGGCCUACACUGGUGAUUACUGAAUACUGCUGCUUUGGAGAUCUCCUAAACUUUCUGCGCCGAAAAAGAGACUCCUUUAUCUGCUAUAAGCUUGAGGAAGACUGCUACUACCGUAACGUCAUGUCGCAAAGAGACGCCACAAGUGACAGCUUGAAUGGCUACAUGACCAUGAGGCCUUCUGCUGCUGGCAACCCGCCAUUCGGCUCAUCAUCCGAGAAGAAACGUUCACUACGAAAAGGUGGAUCGUAUGUCGAAGCAGACGAAGAGGAUGAAAUGUUUGAGGAGGAUGGUCUGUCUAUAGACACUGAAGACCUUCUCAGCUUCUCUUAUCAAGUGGCCAAAGGCAUGGAGUUCUUAGCCUCCAAAAAUUGUAUCCACAGGGAUCUGGCAGCCAGAAACAUCCUGCUGACCCAAGGCAGAGUGGCAAAGAUCUGUGAUUUUGGCCUGGCCCGGGACAUUACCACAGACUCUAAUUAUGUUGUCAAAGGCAAUGCCCGUCUGCCAGUGAAGUGGAUGUCUCCAGAAAGUAUCUUUGAGUGUGUCUAUACAUUUGAGAGUGACGUAUGGUCCUAUGGCAUCUUGCUCUGGGAAAUCUUCUCCCUAGGAAACAGCCCCUACCCUGGUAUGCCUGUGGACGCCAAGUUCUACAAACUCAUAAAAGAAGGAUACAGAAUGGAUGCUCCAGACUUUGCACCCACUGAAAUGUAUCAGAUUAUGAGGUCGUGUUGGGACGCUGACCCUUUUAAGAGACCCCCCUUCAGGAAGGUCGUGGAAAGGAUUGAACAACAGCUGUCAGAUGCCACUAAGCAUAUUUAUCUAAACUUCAGCUCCAGGCUUCCUGUGACGCAGAGAGUCAGGGAGGAGCCCAGUUCUCACCCUCUCAACCCAGCCAGCAGUAACAGUGCUCCAACGCAGCCCUUACUGGUCCAGCACGAGGUCUUCCUUGAGGGGACAACCCUUAGAGCCCAGUGGGUGUAAGGACCCACCCAACCUGUCUGGCUGCCUCAUAAAGUGCCUGUAACGUUCCGCCACAAAUCGCCCAACCACUACACCCACUCGCUGCCCCGGUACCAACAGCAUUCAAUGCCGCAUCAUAGCGGACCUGCUAACUGCCACCUAUUACCACCAAAGUGGACAACAAAGGAAGAAUGGCUUAUAUUGUUGUUAUCACCGCCCGCUUAUUACAGGGAGGACAGCUGGACUAAUGCUCCCCUGUAGCGGUUUAGGCACCGGGGAGGUGGAGGGACACCAACUGUUACUCUACAACUGUCAUUAAGUACAUUAUUACACUGCUAACUUUUUUUAUUUUCCUUUUUUUCAGUUACAUUUCCUACACAUUUCAUAAAGGUUGUUUUGUUGUUCUUUUUCUCCAUUAUUUAAUUGAAUGUUUCUUUCUUUUUAUGUUUUGUGUUUUGUUAUUCUCUCUUGUUUUUCUGUCAUGGAAAUGUAUGUAGCAUUUUUGUUUUUGGUUGGCUGAUACAGUUGUUGGAGGAAAAAAAAAGCACUCGAGGCACUUGAACUUCAUACCAUUCCAUACACCACACGAUGCAGCUUUCAUUUCUUUUGUAUUCCUUUAUUGUCAGUAUUAUUUUCACUCCUGUUCAGUUCUGUUUAUAUGAAGGAGAUACCUUUUGGGGGCCAAUUAAAGUAGAAAUAAUGAGACACUAGUUUAUAAGCUAUUACCUAUUACAGCAUGACCAGACAUGCAAGUGUAUCAAGUGGUUUUAUUUGAUACACUUGUGCUUGUACAUCACUAGAGAACAACAAAUGAUCUUCAGUGGGUCUGAUUAACACACAUAGACAAUUAAACCUAAAGGUUCUGUGUGUAAUAUUUAGUGGCAUCUAGCAGUGAAGUUGCCAAUUGCAACCAAGUGAAUUCCCCUUGUUUGACCCUUCCCUGCAGUGGCCUUCAUUACAGUCAGUGUUUGGUUCAUCCGUUGGGUCGUUUUGGUUGACAAAUGCAUGCUUCUGUGCUUGCAAGGAGUUUGUUUUGGAGUCUUUGUUGACCUUAGCCCACUCCACUUCUAUGCUAACUUUCUACACUAGUGUUGCACAAUGUUGUUGUACUCGAGGAGCAAAUCAAAGUCAUUGAAACACAUAAGGAUUGUCACGUUUUAAUCAGUGCCCAUAUUGUCCACUUCAUAGAAAUCAGUGUACAGACACUUUUCUGUGCAUGUAAGCGACUGAGACUGUCGUUAUCCUAGAAACUGAGUAAGCUAACAUCAACAGAUGAUCUGCACAAAACGGACUCCAACACAAACUUCACAUAAGUACACGAGCUUGUGCUAAGCUUAAUAUUGAACUUUUAUGACAAUACCUGGAUCAACACAGUAACUACUGUACAAACAUGGCAACGCAACAUGUUAAACAUGCGAUACAACAUUGUCAAACAUGACCACACAACAAGUCGACAUGUCUACAGAAAGAGCAGGUCCCUUCCUCAUUGUCUGUAGAUAUUAACAGCUUAUUUUAGAAACAAAAUGAUUGUUGUUUUGAGGUGAUUGUAAACUAAUGAAAACAUUUUUGUGAAUAUUCCAUACCUGCUUUUAGAUCCUCCUAAAUCUUACACACUGAACCUUUACUGUAUAGGCCUAUGAUUACUUUAAACACACAGUUGUCUUCAGAGAUAUGGUAUAGACAUGGUACGCAAGCUUGUUCAUUUAUGUGCUUGUUGACUGUAUAUGUGUACAUAUCUGUAAGUGAUGAUGCUUGUCAUUGCAUUGACAUCAUGAGAUGGGAAGCGUCAGAGUUGAACAUGUGACAAAGACGUCACUCUGGGAACCUGUAGCUAUGAGCUGCAGUGUUCAUCUUAGUUUUGUUACACAGGCAGGUAAUGCAGAUGUAUAGUUUCACUUUUUAACAGCUCGAAUGUUGGAGAGUUUUCAUGCACAGUUGUAAAAAAAAAAAAAAAAAAAAAAAAAAGUGGUUUAUAUGUUUUCUCUCCUGCCACAUCCCGUGAAUGAUCUUUGUUUACAAGCACGAGACAGGUACUGCCAUUUCAGAGAUGUGUUUCUUUUGUUUUUCACCCUCAACCACUUUAUAAAGGAAACCAGGAAACAGGAACCUUUGUGUUCUGUAUUGUAUAUAGCAUGGAUAAAGUCAGGGCGAUGCUCAUGUGAAAUGCCAUUAAGUGGACUGCAGUAUUCACUGAGGUGAUGAGCCAGAGGAAAACUGAGGGUUUUUAAGCCUCUGUACAGGUGUGGACACUGGGUAUAAAGCGUGUUGGUCAGUGUGUUGGUCAGCUCAUUGUUCUCCGGCCAGUAGCUGGUUUCCCAGCAGUCCUUCUCUUCUUUGUAUCCAGCUGUUUCCUCCGUCAGAAAUGGGACUUUCAGCAGCCCUCAGCCAGUCGUCUGUAUCAGUCCAGACCAUUAUGAUUCCCCUCUUCCAACUGGUGGAAUUUGUCAUAAGGAGCACCAGGAAAGUGUCCUGUUUGUGUGUAUGAACAUGUGUGUUUGUGUUUGUGUGUGUGUGUAUGUAUAUGUGUGUAUGAGCAUGCACACUGUAUGCAUGUCUUUAUGAUUGCAGAUUUAAAUGAAUUACUGUUAAGAGGUGCCACUACUAAAGAUUCAUCAAGUUGUUCAGGCUACUAAAACCCCACAGUCUUACUGCUCUGUCUUUUUUAUGUAAAUAUAAAUGUGCAUAUAUUUUAAAGUAAUGUUGAUGCUUUUGAAGAUGUUUAUCUUUAAUGAAGAUGUGGUACAUUGAUGCAGAAUUUUAUUAUGCUGUAUUUUCUUAUGUGUGCUCAGAUUUCCAACUGUGGAUCCAACUGGAAAAGCUGCUUGUGUCAGUCACCAUGGUAACUUAAAAAGAUUCACUUUGGCAAUUUCUUUGAUUUUGGCAAAAUCACUCCAACACUUACGCCAGUUGGUUACUGCCACAACCGAACAGCCUAGACUGUUCAUAUCAUCAAUAUCCACGGCUACAGUCAGAAUGAUACUACUCCAUUUCAUAAUGGAGACAAGAGAUGUCUCAUAUUAAAAGAGAUUAUUUUUCCUGUCAUUGACCCCCUUUUAACUAAGAGUAUUUCACUGCAUUUAGCUAUAUAUUUAUUUAAUCUGAGGCUUUAGUGUUACUGUGUAAAUUUGAUGUGAUACUAUUACAUGUGUCAAUGUAAAUAAAAUUGUUUAAACUUU